CAUUCUCUUGAUUCUGCUAUCAAAUCUCCUUCGGCAGAUGCUGGUUCAUCUCCUAGGAAUAAAUCCACACGCCUCUUCGCUCUGAACCCACCACACACUCUGGAGCUCAGGUCGCGCUUACACAAGGCCCACCAUCAUGCCUUCGGAGGAGGCGGCAACCAAGCCGGUCACUCCGGGCGCGAAAAAGAAGGACGGCGAUGGAGAUGACACCGCGGCACCCAUCCACGUCGACGCCCGUGUCGGCUGGUUUGAAGACAAAGUCUGCAAUGCGCUGAAAAUCAAGAAUGAUAAGUGGAAGAAGUUGACGAUGUCGCAAGAGAACUUGCAAACAAUAGUAGACUUCCUGGACAAGGACUACAGCACCAUCCUCUUCUUCCUCACCCCCAAGGAGGAUCUCCUUCCGGCAAUCGCCUUCCCUUCUUCACUCAAGAAGAAAUCUGUAUAUUUCCUGAAACGCAAAACGGGCAGCCCCGUCACCGAAAAGCUCGACACCGAGCUUGUCCUGGGGGAUCUAUCCCCCAACCCACUGGAAUUCCUCUCCAAUCUGCUGGAAGAAGUGUAUUUGCCGCUCCUCACCAAUCCCAAGAAUCUCGAAUCGUGGCCUGAGGUCGUCGCGAGUGAUGUUCUGCGCCAUUUUCAUCAACUCAAUGGCGCUGUAUAUGUUAUUUCUGGCAAGUCUAAGGGCAAGACUAUGCUACCACUUCCCCACGGUGCCAAACUCACCACCGAGGCCGACCGCAGUGUCCUACACACUGUGGAAUCCGCAGUCAUCGACUGGACCCACCAAAUCAAGGAGGUCAUCAAGAGCUCCUCAGCCGCUCCGCUCGAGGAGCGGCUGAACCCCGGUCCCAUGGUGGAGAUCGACUUCUGGGCGGCCAAAGCGGCCAACCUGAAGUCGAUCCACCAGCAACUUACGGACGAAAAGAUCCAGAAGAUUUCCAAACUCUUGGAAGUCAGCAAAAGCACUUACUAUCCUGCUUUUAGGAUGAUUUUCGAUGAAGUCGUUGCAGCUUUGGACGAAGCCAACGACAUCACAACAUACCUCCGCGCUCUUCGUCCUUCCGUAGAGAGGCUCAACUCCGUCAACGACUUCAUCGAGUUGACGCAAAUCUUCCCCAGCGUGAUGCACACUCUCGUGCUCAUUUGGAAGCACUCCAAAUACUACAACACCCCACAGCGCAUGACGAUCGUCCUGCAAGAAAUAUGCAACGACAUCAUCGAGCAAGCUCGCGCCUUCAUCAAUCCUUCAGAGAUUUUCGCCUCCGAGCCUGAAGAGGCUGCAGAGCGCUUGAAGGUCGUCAUCCGCGUUUGCAACGCCUUCAAGGAGACGUUCUACGAGGCCAAAGCGCAGAUGGCCGAGACGAAGCGGCCUUGGAACUUUGACACCAAGGUCCUCUUCGCGAGGCUCGACAAGUUUUUGGGCCGUGUGCAGAACAUCGUCGAACUCUUUGACACAAUCAUCGAGUUCAACCGGCUCGAGAAAAUUGAGAUCGGCGGCACGAAGGGCAAGAUUCUGAGCUCACAGGUGGCGCAAAUCUUCUCCGAAUUUCAAGCCGCCCUGGGCAGCUUUUCGAAGCUCAAGUAUGACAUUCUUGACCUCAACCUUAGCGAGUUUGACGUCGACCUGGGCGCCUUCCACGCCAAGAUCGCUGAUCUCGACCGGCGCAUCGGGACCAUCUUGAGCCAGAGCUUUGAUGACUGCUCGGGUCUCAACUCUUGCUUCCGUCUCCUCGAGUCAUUCGCUGGACUGCUCAACCGUCCGAUCAUCCAGCAUGAUUUUGAGAAGAAGUAUUUUGCGCUUCUGAAGAUGUACUCGGCCGACUUGGAUGAGGUCGCCCACAUCUUUGCAAAGUUCAAGGCGCAUCCUCCGAUUCACUAUAACAUGGCGCCCGUGACUGGAGCGGUCGCCUGGGUGCAUGAACUGAAGGAUCGGAUUGCCAAGGCUAUGGACAAGCUGAAAAGUUUCAACCACAGUGCCAUGAACUCAGAGGAAGCAGGUCUCGUAACGCAAAAGUAUAACAACCUCUAUGAGACACUCGAGACCUACGAGCGCUCCAUCUUCACCAAAUGGAGCGAUACCAUCAUCGAUGAGACCGAAGCCAACCUUAACAAGCCGCUCCUCAUCCGCGAAGAUGACUUGCUCCGCGUUAACUUCGACCCCAAAGUCGUCGCCUUGCUUCGUGAGGUCCGCUACUUUGAGGCACUCACGGUCACUCCGCCUCCAGCCGCCGCAGCGAUCUACUCCAAGUCGGAUGUGUUCCGAAAGUACAUUUUCCAACUGGACCACAUUACAAAGUCGUACAAUGGCAUUCGCACUGGUGUGAACAACGUAGAACGCCCGCUGAUCGAGGAUCGGAUCAGCCAGAUCGACGCCCAGAUCAAGUACGCGCUGACGGAUCUCAACUGGACAUCCGACAACAUCGUUUCCUACAUUGCCGAAAUCAGUGCGUCCGUUGGCGACUUGUCGUCCGUCCUGCAGUUGAUGAAGAGCAACUUGAACCAGAUUCGCAAGAUCAUGAAGGCGUGGUCGGCGACGCCAUUGGUUGAGCGGAAGGACUCUAAGAAGCUUCUCAAUCUGGAGGAGAAGGAUACCAAGCUUUCUACAGCCUACGAUAUCAUCAAACGUGAUGGACAGUCGAUUCACCAGCUCAUUACGCAAACACGUGAGGUUGUGCAGGCGAAGGAAGAGUCGGAAGAGUGGAAACGCUACCAAGCCUUCAUUGACGAGGUUGUUCGGGAAGGGUUCUGGCAAACUCUGAAGACUAGUUUGGAGUACAUCGCUCAAAACAUGGAGUCAGAGCGUUUGGCUGAUGUUGGUGCUCUUCUUGAGGCUAAGCUGGAGCUUCACGGGGAGAUUCUCGUCUUCACCCCUACGAUGGAUGAAGACUCUGAGAAUAGCAUCGCCUAUAUCAUCAACGAUGUUCUUGAAGACAUCUACGAUUGUGCCUCUUUGAUGGGACGGGUGGCACCUGCGCAACAACCCGGAGUUCCGCUACAGAAUGGGGCGGGCAUGGUGCCAGUAUCCGGCGAAGCUGGUGCAGCCGGUGCUACCGGUGGCGGCGCGGCAGGGGAGGCCGCAGACGCCGGGGAAACGCUCAGCGACGAUCAAACCGACGAAGCUGAUGGCGAAUCCGACGCUGACCAAGAGGACUUGCGCGCCAAACAACUGGCACAAAUCAACAUGGAAAACGAAACCUACCUAGGUGAAAUGCGUCGCGAUCAGACACUCGGCAAAUUGCGGGCUACGAUUCUGGAGCGUGUUCGUCAGAUCAUGACCGAGUCCGUCUUGUACAAAGAUGGAUACGACCAGUACACAUGGUUGUGGACCGAGAAUCGCCAGGACUACAUGAAGCAGUUCCUCGAAAUUUCUGACAAGCCCAAAGACGAGGAAGGUGCUGCUCCCACGGAGGAGGCGCCGGUCACGCAGACGGAAAACGUCAGCAAACUGGAGAGGUUCGAGAACGAGAUCCGAAAGUUCGAGGCACUGCACAAGCAAAUCAUGAGCAUCGAGCCGGAGGUCAUCUUCCAAGGCUGGUUCCGCAUCGACGCCAAGCCUUUGAAACAGGCUUUGAAUGUCGUGGUCAAGAAAUGGAGCUACACCUUGACAAAGCAUUUGCAGGACGAUGCUAUUGUAAGCUUGAAUGAGCUCAACGACUUUGUCAAGCAUAAUAAGAAAGGCCUCCAACGUGAGAUCAGGGAGGGUGAUUACGAUGCUCUCGUAUCAUCGAUGGGUCUUCUUCAUGCGAUCAAGCAACGAACGGGAAGCAUUGACGGGAUGUUUGAGCCGUUGCGGAAAACCAUCAAUUUCUUGCGCCAAUUCGGUGUGGAAAUGCCAGAUGAGACGCAUAAACUUCUCAACGACUUGCCCGAACAAUGGUCGGAGGUCAAGAAGCUCUCGAUGGCUGUAAAGGACCAAGCUGCACCGCUUCAAGCGCGUGAAGUCGACGUCUUGCAGCAAAAGUGCAACAAGUUCGAAACGCGCAAUCACAACUUCCGGGAAGAGUUCCGCAAGAAGGCGCCUUUCAAAUUCGAGAUAGGGUCCGAAAAGGCAUAUCAAUCCAUCGACACUGUGCACGUCGACGUUCUGGCGAUGGAGAACGAGGCAAAGGCUCUUCGAACGUCCUGCGAACUUUUCGAGCUGAACGUGCCCAACUACCGACAGCUUGCUGACUGUCGACGCGACAUCGGGAUGCUCAAGUCAGUCUGGGACGUUGUGUCUCUAGUCACUCUCAUGUUCGAGCAAUGGCGAACAACCCUUUGGACUGCGAUCGACACCGAUGCUAUGGAGACUCACUGUCGAGACUUGAGCAAAGAACUGCGGCGAAUGGACAAAGAAAUCAAGGGAUGGGAUGUCUAUUCGGGACUUGAUCAAGCCGUGAAGGACAUGGUGACAUCGCUUCGAGCUGUUGGGGAGCUUAGGAGCAAUGCCAUUCGCGAUCGUCACUGGAAGCAGCUGAUGAAGACGACCGGCGUUACCUUCGUUAUGACGGCCGACAUGAAGUUCCAAGACUUGCUCAGUCUUCAGUUACACAAGUUUGAGGACGAUGUGAAGGUUAUCGUCGAUCGUGCGACGAAAGAGUUGUCCAUGGAGAAGGUCCUCAACGACCUCUCGAAGACAUGGAGUGUUAUGGAAUUCACUUACGAAAUACACGAGAGCACGAAAACACCGCUACUCAAGAGUUCAGAAGAGCUUAUCGAGACAUUGGAGGACAACCAGGUCAUGCUGCAAACCAUGAUGACUUCCAAAUAUGUUGCGCACUUCGAGGAGCAAAUCACCAAAUGGCAAAAUGUUUUGUCCACUGUGGAUUCCGUGAUCACGUUGUGGUUGGAAGUCCAACAAACUUGGUCCCAUUUGGAGAACAUUUUCAUGGGGUCGGAGGACAUUCGUGCCCAGCUUCCAGAAGACUCGAAGCGUUUCGAUAGUAUCGAUGCAGCAUAUAAGGAGCUCAUGAAGGAAGCUUCUAAGACGCCAAAUUGUGUCGAGGCGUGCACGAAGGAGGGUUUAUUCGACCGGCUCGAAAAGCUCCAAGGGCAAUUGGCCCUUUGUGAGAAGUCUCUCGCCGAGUACCUGGAAACCAAGCGUUUGGCUUUCCCCCGUUUCUAUUUCGUUUCUGCCUCCGAUCUGUUGGAUAUCCUGGCGAAAGGAAACAUGCCACAAGCGGUUGCUGUGCAUUUGGGCAAACUCUUCGAUAGUUUGGCAUCUUUGGAGUUCUACAAGGGACCCAACGGCGAAGUGACGAAAACCGCCGUCGGAAUGUAUUCGAGGGAAGACGAAUACGUACAGUUCAUCGAACCUUGCGAGUGUACAGGUCCAGUUGAGGUGUGGCUCAACCGAUUGGUGGAUAUGAUGCGAAAGACCCUGCGAACUGCGCUCGGAGACUCCGUUACCGCCUACGAGGAGAAGCCGCGCGAUCAGUGGAUCUUCGACUACCCCGCGCAGAUUACUCUUGCGGGAACGCAAAUUUGGUGGACCACAGAAGUGAAUUCAACAUUCGCACGAUUGGAGGAGGGAUACGAAAACUCCAUGAAGGACUACUACAAGAAGCAGGUUAACCAGCUCACUGCUCUGAUUACGCUAAUUCAGGGAGACCUGACCAAGCUGCACCGUCAAAUGAUUAUGACGGUUUGUACCCUCGAUGUGCACGCUCGUGACAUUGUUGCGAAGCUCAUUGCGGAGAAAGCCGAUUCCGCACAAGUGUUCUCAUGGCAAUCGCAACUUCGUCUUCGAUGGGACGAAGAUCAAUCCGAUUGUAUCAUCAACAUUUGCGAUGCUUCGUUCCGCUACAGCUACGAGUAUCUCGGCAAUACUCCUCGUUUAGUCGUGACAUCGCUGACGGAUCGUUGCUACAUUACACUGACACAAUCCUUGCACUUGAUCAUGGGAGGUGCGCCCGCCGGUCCUGCUGGUACCGGCAAAACUGAGACGACCAAGGAUUUGGGCAAAGCCUUGGGAAUCAUGGUUUACGUGUUCAACUGCUCCGAGCAAAUGGACUACCGUUCCGUCGGAAACAUUUUCAAAGGACUCGCGCAAUCCGGAACAUGGGGGUGUUUCGAUGAGUUCAACCGUAUUGUUGUGGAAGUACUUUCCGUCAUUGCCACACAGGUCAAGUCGAUUCAGGAUGCAUUGAAGGCGAAGAAAAAGCGCUUCAUUUUCCAGGGAGAGGAGAUCAGUCUCACUCCAACCGUCGGAGCUUUCAUCACCAUGAACCCUGGUUACGCUGGUCGUGCCGAGCUUCCUGAGAACAUCAAAGCGCUUUUCCGGCCAUGUUCUAUGUGUGUGCCCAAUCUGGAGCUCAUCAUGGAAAUCAUGCUGAUGGCGGAAGGAUUUGUGGAGGCCAGUGGGUUGGCCAGAAAGUUCAAUACCCUUUACAAAUUGAACAAGGAGCUGCUGUCGAAGCAAGAUCAUUACGAUUGGGGUCUUCGUGCGAUCAAAUCUGUGUUGGUGGUCGCCGGUGCUUUGAAGCGUGCGGACCGUAACGUUCCGGAAGAUCAAGUGCUCAUGCGAGCACUACGUGAUUUCAACUUGCCCAAAAUUGUCUCCGAUGAUUUGCAAGUGUUCCACGGUCUUAUUGGCGAUCUGUUCCCCAAAGUCGAAGUCGCUCGUAAACGUGACGAAAAGCUCGAACAGGACAUUCGCAAGGCCACCCUCGAGAGUGGUCUUCAAGCUGAGGAAGUCUUCGUCCUCAAAGUCGUUCAACUGGAAGAAUUGCUGGCUGUUCGUCACUGUGUCUUCAUCAUCGGUAAUGGAGGUACCGGCAAAUCUCAGAUCUGGAAGAUGUUGGCCAAAACCUACAUCAACAGCGGGAAGAAGUGCGUCUUCUCUGAUCUCAACCCGAAAGCCGUCACGACGGACGAUCUAUUUGGUUGCAUUAACCCAUCGACUCGGGAGUGGAAGGACGGACUAUUCUCUUCCAUCAUGCGUGAGCUUGCCGGGAUGCCCGGAACGGAUCCUCGCUGGAUGAUUUUGGACGGCGACAUUGACCCGAACUGGAUUGAGUCCCUCAACACGGUCAUGGAUGACAACAAAAUGUUGACUUUGGCCAGUAACGAGCGUAUUCCAUUGAAACCGAACAUGCGUCUGAUUUUCGAGAUUGGGGAUCUCAAAUAUGCAACACCUGCCACGGUCUCACGAGCCGGUAUUCUUUAUUUGAAUACGACCGAUCUGGGAUGGAAUCCGUAUGUUCAAUCUUGGUUGGACAAACGCGAGGACGCUAGCGAGAAGUCGAACUUGAGCGUCUUGUUCGACCGGUACGUCAAUGUAUGCUUGGACGCCUGCCGGUCGGGUAGAUUCAAGCAAGCCAAUGUGGAGGAGUUCUCCAUGAUUGUUACGCUCUGUAAUAUCCUUGAAGGUCUUUUGACGCCAGAGAACACUCCUAAAGGAUGCGACAAGGAGUGGUUCGAGGUUUACUUCGUCUUUGCCGCAGUCUGGGCGUUUGGCGGAUGUGUCUUCCAGGACCAGAUGGUGGAUUAUCGUGUGGAGUUCAGUAAAUGGUGGAACGGGGAGUUCAAGACCGUGAAGUUCCCUGCUCAAGGAACGGUCUUUGACUACUAUGUCGAUGCGGAGACAAAGCGGUUUGCGCCGUGGACGGACAAGGUCCCCCCCUAUGUGUAUGAUGCGGACAUGCCUUUGAACGCAGUGCUCGUUCAUACUCCUGAAACAACGCGCAUGCGAUAUAUGCUUGAUGUCUUAGCGGACAACGGAAAGCCCGUCUUGCUUGUGGGGAACGCAGGAUGCGGUAAAACAGUUCUCAUGCAAGACAAGCUAUACUCGUACGGGGAGGAUCGCCAGAUCGUCAAUGUAGCCUUCAACUUCUACACGACGGCUUGGUCCCUCCAAUCUAUUCUGGAAAAGCCGCUUGAGAAGAAAGCUGGUAGGAACUACGGCCCGCCUGGAUCGAAAAAGCUCAUCUACUUCCUGGAUGACUUGAACAUGCCUGAAGUGGACAAAUACGGAACCGCAUCACCACAUACGUUGUUGAGGCAAUAUUUGGACUACAAGCAUUGGUACGAUCGAGCCAAGCUUACUUUGAAGGAAAUCCACAACUGCCAGUAUGUGGCGUGUAUGAACCCCACCGCCGGAAGUUUCACCAUUUCGGGGCGGUUACAAAGGCACUUUGCAACAUUUGCGGUCAAUUUCCCAGGUGUUGACUCGCUGCAGAGUAUCUAUUUCCAGAUCCUUUCUGGCCACUUGAAACAGUUCCCCAACAACAUCCAGAGACUGGCGGAGAAGCUUGUCGCCGGAUCGUUGCUUUUGCACAAGAAGGUUGCCGCUACGUUCUUGCCUUCAGCGGUCAAGUUCCACUACAUUUUCAAUCUGCGAGACUUGUCGAAUAUUUUCCAAGGUCUCUUAUUUUCGAACAAAGAUACGCUGAAGGAGCCCAUCGACUUGGUUCGGCUAUUCCUUCACGAGACAUCGCGUACGUACGGUGACAAGAUGGAUGAUGCAGAUCAACAACAGCUGCAGAAGUUCCAACAGGAAGUGGUGAAGAAGACUUUCGAGGACAUGGAUCAAGCCGCCAUCAAUGCAGAACCGAUCCUUUUCACCCACUUUGCUUCUGGUAUCGGGGAAUCGAAAUACGGUCAACUGAAGGAUUGGCCGGCUUUGAAAAAGCUCCUUGACGAGGCGCAGAUGCAGUAUGAUGAAGUCAAUGCCGCCAUGAACCUGGUGCUUUUCGAAGACGCCAUGGCUCACGUCUGUCGCAUCAACCGUAUCCUGGAAUCUCCACGCGGAAAUGCGCUGUUAGUUGGUGUGGGAGGAAGCGGAAAACAAUCGUUGGCUCGUCUGGCUGCAUUUAUCAGCCAGAUGGAGGUAUUCCAAAUCACUCUGAAGAAGGGCUAUUCCGUGAACGAUCUAAAGGCGGACCUUGCGGUUCUGUACCAGAAAACCGGUUUGAAGAAGGUUCAAAUUAUGUUCCUCUUGACGGACUCCCAGAUUGCGGAUGAAAAGUUCUUGGUUCUGAUUAACGACAUGUUAGCUAGUGGAAACAUUCCCGGUCUAUUCCCAGAUGAUGAAGUGGAAACGAUCAUCAACGGCAUGCGAAAUGAAGCAAAGUCACAAGGCCUAGUGGAUACUCGUGAAGUGUGCUGGGAUCUGUUCAUCAGAGCCGUCCGCAAGAAUCUGAAAGUCGUACUCUGCUUCUCUCCGGUCGGGAACGCGCUUCGCUCUCGAUGCCGCAAAUUCCCUGCAAUUGUCAAUUGCACUAUGAUUGACUGGUUCCACGAAUGGCCCGAAGAAGCUCUUCAGUCCGUGGCAACGAGAUUCAUCGCUACAAGUGAACUCGUACCCGAGGACCUGAAGCUGCCAGUCACUCGCUUCAUGGCGUUCGCACAUCAGAGUGUUAACACCGUCUCAAAGAAGUACCAUGUGAAUGAGAAGCGGUACAAUUACACCACGCCAAAAUCGUUCUUGGCUUUGAUCUCACUUUACAAGGAGAUGCUGGAGCAGAAAUCUAGGGCUCUUACAAAGAGCAUGGAGCGUCUGGAGAACGGCCUGACAAAACUGCAAAGUACCGCGUCUCAAGUAGCCGAUCUGAAAGCGAAACUCGCCUCGCAGGAAGUCGAGUUGAAGAGCAAGAAUGAGGAAGCCGAGCGUCUUAUCGAGCGCGUUGGUGUCGACACUGAGAAAGUGAACAAAGAGAAGGCCAUUGCCGCAGAGGAAGAGAAAAAGGUCGAUGCUAUCACCAAGGAAGUUCAGGAAAAGCAGGCUGACGCCGAAAAGGAUUUAGCAGCUGCUGAACCUGCAUUGGCAGCCGCAGCUAACGCCUUGAACACGCUCAACAAGGCCAAUUUGACGGAACUGAAAUCCUUCGGUUCGCCAUCCCAAGAAGUCGUUGAUACCGCAGCGGCAGUCAUGAUUUUGCUGAGUCCCGCUGGAAAAAUUGCGAAGGAUAGGUCGUGGAAAGCUUCGAAGAAUAUGAUGGCGAAGGUGGACGCUUUCUUGGAAAGUCUGAUCAAUUUCGACAAAGAAAACAUCGACAGUUCCAAUCUGGACGCACUAGCGCCGUAUUUGUCCAAUCCUAAUUUUAACGAGGAAUUUAUGAAGUCAAAAUCCAUCGCUGCUGCUGGUCUUUGUUCAUGGGUAGUGAACAUUGUCAACUACUACCAUACCUACCGGGAAGUGGAGCCCAAACGCAAGAUGUUGGAGGCGGCGAAUGAGACCCUGCGGGAAUCUCAAGCCCGUUUGGCCGAAAUCCAAGGCAAGAUUGCCGAGCUCGACAGGAAUUUGGCGGAGCUGACGGCGCAGUUCGAAAAGGCAACUGCUGACAAGCUUGCUUGUGAGGAGGAGGCUAGGGCAACGCAAGAGACUAUCGUUCUUGCGAAUCGUCUCGUAGGAGGUCUGGCAUCCGAAAACGUUCGUUGGAAUGAAGCAGUCGCCAAGUUUAAGGAACAGGAGAAGACCCUCGCUGGUGAUGUGCUGAUGUCUGCGGCUUUCGUUUCCUACGUUGGAUGUUUCAGCAAGCGCUACCGAGAGGAGCUGCUCCAAGAUUACUGGCUGAAAUACCUGACCGAUCCGAGCAACCCGCACAAAGUACCUCUCUCUGAAGGAUUAGAUCCACUGGACAUUUUGACGUCGAGCGCCGAGAUUGCCAAGUGGAACAACGAAGGCCUUCCAAGCGAUCGUGUGUCUCUCGAAAAUGCAACCAUGGUAACCAGCUGUAAGCGUUGGCCACUGAUUAUUGAUCCUCAGUUGCAAGGAGUGGUCUGGAUCAAGAACCGGGAAGGAGCUGGUCUAAAGAUCGUUCGUCUUGGUCACAAGGGUUACUUGGAUGCGAUUGAAAAGGCGGUCUCCAGCGGAGACACCGUCCUCAUUGAGGAUAUUCAAGAAAGCAUCGACGCUGUGCUGAAUCCUUUACUUGGUCGCGAGACAAUCAAGAAAGGGAAGUACAUCAAAAUGGGUGACAAGGAAGUCGAGUAUGAUCCGAAGUUCAAACUCAUUCUGCAAACGAGGCUCCCGAACCCGCACUACCCGCCAGAAAUUCAGGCGCAAACCACGCUAAUCAACUUCACCGUUACACUGGCUGGUUUGGAGGACCAGCUUCUCGCUGACGUCGUGAACGUUGAGCGACCUGAUCUCGAGCGUACGAAAGCCGAAUUGACGAAACAGCAGAACGAGUUCAAAAUCAAGUUGACGGAACUUGAGGAUGCGUUGUUGUCACGUCUUUCUGCUGCUCAAGGUAACUUCUUGGGCGACACCGCACUCGUCGAAAACCUCGAAAUCACGAAGAGUACCGCAACGGACAUCGAACAAAAAGUGGAGGAGGCCAAGAAAACGGAAAAGAAGAUCAACGAAACUCGUGAGCUCUAUCGCCCUGUGGCAGCUCGGUCGUCACUCCUCUACUUCUUGUUAAACGACUUGUGGCAAAUUCACCCGAUGUAUCAGUACUCUCUCAAUGCUUACAAAGUUGUGUUCCAAAAUGCCAUCUCUCGAGCGGACAAAAGUGAGGACAUCAAGGAACGAGUUACCGCGUUGAUCGACUCUAUCACCCACAUGGUGUUCAUAUAUACCACGAGAGGUCUCUUUGAGAGAGACAAGCUAAUUUUCCUGGCUCAGAUGACCUUCCAAAUCCUCAUCAGCCAGGGAGACAUGGACUUGCCCGAGCUCGACUUCCUCUUGCGGGGACCUCGGGUAGUGAAUGUCAAAAGCCCGUUUGACUGGCUCUCGGACUCUUCGUGGGGGCUGGUCAAAGCUUUGUCAAACAUGGAGGUAUUCCGGUCACUCUCCUCGGAUAUCGAGGGAGGUUCCAAGCAGUGGAAGAAGUAUUGCGAAUUGGAAGUUCCUGAAAGUGAGAAAUUGCCUCAAGAGUGGAAGAACAAAACAGCCUUGGAGAAACUUUGCAUCCUGAGAUGUCUCCGUCCGGAUCGUAUGACAUAUGCGAUAUCGAACUUCAUCGCCGCGAAAAUGGGCCCGAAAUACAUCAACACAUCUCGGGUUCCGUUAACGAAGUCAUACGAGGAAUCAGGCCCUGCGACACCGAUCUUCUUUAUCCUUUCUCCUGGUGUAGAUCCAGUCAAGGAAGUCGAAGCUCACGGACGAACCCUCGGAGUAGGUGAAGACAACGGAAACUACCACUACGUGUCCUUAGGGCAAGGACAGGAGGUUAUUGCCGAGCAAAAGCUCGAACUCGCUUACAAACAAGGCGGAUGGGUCAUGUUGGAGAACAUCCAUCUGGUUGCAAAGUGGUUACCUGUCCUCGAGAAGAAACUUGAAGCUUUGUCCACCGGCUCGCACCCAGACUUCCGAGUCUUCCUUUCAGCCGAGCCCGCCGGCGAUCCUGCGUACCACAUUAUUCCGACAUCCAUUCUGCAGGCGUCAGUCAAGAUCACCAACGAGCCACCUACGGGUAUGCAAGCCAACGUCCACAGGGCACUUGACAACUUCACGCAAGAGUCGUUAGAACGAUGCUCGAAAGAUGCGGAGUUCAGAGGAAUUCUCUUCGUCCUCUGCUACUUCCAUGCGGCCAUUUUGGAACGGAGGAAAUUCGGAACACAGGGGUGGAAUAGGGCGUAUCCCUUCAGCACUGGUGACUUAACGAUUUCUGCCGAUGUCCUUUACAACUACCUUGAGACCUUCGCGAAGGUUCCAUGGACAGAUCUGCGAUACAUGUUCGGAGACAUCAUGUAUGGAGGACAUAUCUCAGACGAUUGGGACCGUCUGCUCUGCUCGUCCUACUUGGACACAUAUAUUCAGCCAGACAUGUUUGAAGGAAGCUUCGAGCUUGCACCUGGAUUCACGAUGCCCCCUACUUCCGAUCUCAAAGACUACCACAAGUACAUCGACGAAAACCUUCCACCAGAAUCACCCUACCUUUACGGCUUACAUCCGAAUGCGGAAAUUGGUGUGCUGACGAAGAGUGCUGAUACUCUAUUCCGAACGAUUUUGGAAAUGCAACCGAAGGACACUGGUGGUGGUUUGGCAACCAGCAAGGAGGAGAAGGUUGGCCAAGUCAUUGAAGAGAUUCUCGGGUCGCUCCCUGAUCCAUUCAACGUGCCGGAAUUGAUGGCCAAGGUCGAGGAACGAACACCUUACAUAUCCGUUGCAUUGCAAGAAUGCGAUCGAAUGUCGACGCUAACCAACGAGAUUCGUCGUUCGUUACGAGAGCUACAACUCGGUCUCAAGGGUGACUUGACAAUUACUGAAAACAUGGAGGCGUUGAUGAACUCUAUCUACUUGAAUACGGUACCCAUUUCUUGGGAAAAGCUCGCAUACGCAUCGCUACAAGGGCUUGCCUUGUGGUACGCAGAUCUUCUUCAACGAAUCAAAGAGCUGGAAGGCUGGGUGUCAGAGUUCCAGCUGCCGGCUGUUGUUUGGCUGCCUGGCCUGUUCAACCCGCAAUCUUUCCUUACGGCCAUCAUGCAAACGACUGCGAGGAAAAACGAAUGGCCACUCGACCGUAUGGUACUUUCCGUCGAUAUCACAAAGAAAGCCAAGGAGGAGUUCUCCGGAGCGCCUCGUGAAGGCGCGUACAUCCAUGGCAUGUUCAUGGAGGGAGCCCGGUGGGACACCAACACGGGUCUCAUUCAGGAGAGUUUGCUCAAAGAGCUCACGCCCGCAAUGCCCGUCAUCUAUAUCAAAGCCAUACCAAUCGACAAGAAAGAUACGAAGGGCGUUUAUGAAUGCCCUGUGUACCGAACGCGGCAAAGAGGUCCAACCUUCAUCUGGACAUUCAAUUUGAAAACCAAGGAAAGGCCUCAAAAGUGGACAUUAGGGGGGGUUUGUCUGCUAUGCCAGACUGAUUAGAGACGGUGGGAUUGCCGGCUAUGUACAGUGAUGGCGUGGGGGCAACUUGUAUUUAUCAUUAUAAUGGAUUUAAUAAGAUUCUGUAAGGCCCUCCUGA